CUCUACCUCUCCUUUCCCUCCCUGGCUUUGAAUUUGAUCUCUCGUCCGAUUCUGGGGCUGGAAAACCCUCGAAUGGUUUCGCAAUCUUUGAUAUUCACAUCUCCUCCUAUCUCUAAAAGCCAUGUUCUCCACCUUCUCCGCCAACCUCAACUCCACCGAUCGCCCCGCGGAGCAACAGCCCGCCGCCGCUCCCCGUCCCAAACGGAACCAGGUCGUGCGUGCCUGUGACUGGUGUCGCGUCAACCGCAUCAAAUGCGACGAUAAACAACCCUGCCAGAACUGCCGCAACCAUGGAGGCUACUGCAGUAACACCAAGCAGUUCGAAGCUCAUUCCCUGCCUGCCGCGAACCGGGAGAUUCAUCGAUUACGCAACCGGCUCAAAGAUCUACAAGAGCAACUAGAAAAGGCUACCCACGAAGCUAAAACUCUCCGUCGCCAGUCCCCCACUGCCUCGAAUUGUGCUACCUCGGGUCACUCCACCCCCGCGGAGCUUCCGACUUCACAUCGUCAAACGUGGGACGGUGUCUAUAGUCCAGGGUCCCAGACUGGUGGCGUGAUUCACUACGGGCCGCUCUCCGCGCCUUACCUGGUCUUGCGCCUGAAUCGGUUCAUGUCCGAGUCAGCCAACCAGCUCCACCUCAAGUCGCCGCUCCCCGUCCGACUUUCUCAGAUCCAUCGCCAUUCCCCGACAGUGUCACUGGAGCAACUGUCGGACGACACCGAGCGACCGAGCCUUCGUCUGGGACUGGCAGAGGUUGAGGACCUGUCUCGCGAGCAAGAAGAGCAUUUCCUGGUUCUGCUCUGGCAGGCCUACCACUGGAUGUAUCCCAUCGUGGCAGAGGAGGAGUUCCGACAAUAUUAUGACUCCCUCUGGGCCGGAAGCAAUGGUCAAAGCCCCCGACAGCCCUCUGCGCUUGUGGAUAGCUUGUUGGCUGUGUGCAUGCAAUAUGGCAGCACUUUCUUGGCCGAUGAUGAGGUGAUGGCGGACGGGGAGACAGCGUCGCAGACCAGUCACUUCACCACUGCUGCGCAUGCCUUUUACCGUCGGAGUCAACGCGUAUUGAUGGAAAACCUCGAGCAUCCGUCCAUCCGAUCGUUGCAGAGCCACAUCUACUGCAUCAUCUAUCUCUACAACACCGCGAACCUGGACACCGCCCAUGCUCUGCUCGGUCUGGCGAUCAGAGCGGCGCAUAUCUUGCGCAUCAAUAUCCGACCCCUGGAAUCAACCCCCCAGGCCUCGCAAGAGCUGCACUCCCGGAUCUGGUGGACGGUGUACCAGCUCGAUAGCCAAAUUUCGAUGACGCUGGGUCGACGACCCUUCAUUGACCCCGCUGAGGUGGGCUGCGCGAUGCCGCAGGAUUCAAGUGACGCGGUACAGCUAUCGGCCACGGUGUUGGUAUCGCCUCCGGACGAAGACAUUAGCUGGCUAAGCUUCCAUGUGCAGUACAUCCGGCUGACAGCCGCGGCGCGCAGAAUCUACACUGCGUUCAGCGCGCGCUGUACUGAAUUGCUGCAGGCCAAGAAGAUCCAAGAUAUCCACGAAGAUCCAGCCACCAUGGAGUCGCUCGCCGGCUUUCUGGGUGACAAAAUUCGGGUGAUGUAUGAGUGGGGACAGAAUGUGCCACGAUCUCUCAAGAACCCACGCAAGGGCUCGGGAGAAGCAUUCUGCACCGACCGUACGCCGCUAAAUCUGAACCCGGCUAGCCCGCUCUGGCUGCAGCGUCAGCGGCUGCUUCUGGAAGUAAUGUAUCAUCACCUCCAGAUGGCUAAUUUUCGUCCCUUCAUUCGCUUUCCGCCCCGGGGCGCCUCCCUCACCCCGCUGUCAGAUAGUCACAGCAUCGCAGCGCUGAAUCACGCGGUCGUGGUGACGCUGAUUCUCAACCAAGUUCUUUCCGAGACCGACCUGUUGUGUGGAUGGACCGCGGCCUUCCAGUAUCAGUGGGACGCGACUAUCUGCAUUCUUUCGUUUGUGUUGGCCAACCCGGUGUGUCCGCCGACGCCGGCGGCACGCAAGAUCCUGCCGACGGCGCUGCGCACCCUGGAGAAGCUGGGACAAUCCUUUGGCCCGGUCGCCAACACGGUGCAAGCCGCUUGGGAACAAUUCAGGACGAGCUCCACUCCCCGCGGAUGGUCGCAGCUCACGCCUCCCAGCCAGAGCUCGGCCGACUCGGUGGUUGCGCCGCCGACCUCGGUGGCACCUCCCGCGGCGGGUCUGGGCCACUCACGGUCGGGGUCGGUGGUCUCGCCCACCACCGAUCCCUUCUCCGGCUUCUUGACUCCACUGCCCAAACUGCCCGCGGGGAUGAUCUUCGGCCCCGCCGACUUCGGCGAUCCCGCCACCAUCACCCCACCUCUGGAGCUGAUGGACGACCCCGCGUUCUCAGGGCUCUCGAGCGAUUUCCUCAUGGGGACCGGGGGCGGUGCGCCCUGGUUGUCGAACGGGGCCAUUGCCGUGGACUCUUGGGUCGGAUUUGAUGGGUCGCAGCAGGCUUGAUUUUGAUUCAUCUUGGGGGUUGUCUCGAUGACAGGUCUACGGACUCGUGUCUUGUUAUUUCAUGUAGAAUCUUGUGGUUGUGUCUUUGAAAAUAGACCUGAUGAUUUGUCUGUGGUUGUUGUGCUGGGUUACAUGAAUGAUGAUUCUCGCGCACUGUUUUAGAUUCCCUUGCUGCAGUUGUGAUUUGAAAGCGUUAUUGGGGGAAUGUUUGUGUUGGUCGUUUAGUAUUUGUUUGCAGUUUGAGUGGUUCUGAACAUAUAAUCUACCAUUCUGAGAUGAUAAUGAACUUCUUAGUCUACAUGUCGCUCG